AUGUCAGCUUUAUCAACAUCUCCCACCCGUUUCUUCCCGCGUGUUCGAAACCUCGCCCGCCUGCACGCCAUUUCCAUUGUCUCCCAUCACAAUGCCUGCCAUCGCCAAACGCAACCUCGAGCUCAACGACGACAGCAUGCCCGUCCAAUGGGAGAGUACGCCCCCUGCUGUCAGAUCCGCCGGAGAUUCGACACCUCCGAGGCGGAGGCUCAGAUCCAAUUCGUCGCCGAUGAAGCUGAGCCCGAUCUCCAAGCCCAUGAAAUUGGAAUCGCCCCGAAAGCGGCUAAGUGCUUGCGCCAACACUCAGGCAAAUGGAAUUGAGAAGUAUUUCACCCAGAAGAAGGUUCAGACUUUGUGCAAACCAGUCGAAAAAUCAGUUGAGAAACUGAAAUGGAACCCGAAAGAUGGCAAGCAAAUCAGCGAAGUGAAGGAGGCAUUGCAUGUUUCAACCGUGCCGCCAACUGUUUCAUGCAGGGAAGAUGAGCAGAAGAGGGUUUUGGAGUUCUUGAAGCAAUGUAUAGAGCAAGAGAAGGCUGCGAGUUUGUACGUGUGUGGGUGUCCUGGGACCGGAAAAUCGCUGUCCAUUGAGAAAGUGAAGCAGGCUUUGGUUGAUUGGGCAGGAGAGGCCGGAUUUGAGGAACCGGAUGUGUUGGCUUUGAAUUGUUCUUCUCUAACAAAGACUUCUGAUAUUUUCACUAAGAUACUUGGUAAAGACCAACCGCCGAAGAAAGUUAAAAGCAAAACCUCAUCCCUGCAGCUUCUACAAAAUUUGUACUCCCAGAAGCCUUCGUCUUCUAGAAGGAAGAUGACGCUGGUAAUAGCUGAUGAAUUGGACUUCUUAAUUGCUAAAGACCGGGCGGUGCUUCAUGAUCUUUUUAUGCUCACAACGUACCAAUUUUCGAGAUGUAUACUCAUAGGAGUGGCAAAUGCCAUAGACCUAGCCGAUCGUUUUCUUCCAAGGCUUCAGUCACUAAAUUGCAAACCUAUCGUUAUUACUUUUCGGGCGUACUCUUGUGACCAGAUUCUCAGGAUUCUUCAGCAGAGGCUAAUAACACUACCUUACACCGUCUUUCAACCACCAGCAUUGGAACUUUGUGCCAGAAAAGUUGCGGCUGCAUCUGGAGAUAUGAGGAAAGCACUUUGUAUUUGCAGGAGUGCAAUUGAGAUUCUGGAAGCCGAGGUGAAAGAAUCUACUGAUAACUUGAAUUCAUCACCAGUAGUGGACACAUUCGUUGAGCAGCAGACGGCUCCUGCUCCAGCUCCUGUUGGGAAAAAACAGGAGAUUGAUGUUGUGACAAUUGGUCAUAUGGCUUCUGCUUUGUCAAAGACAUUCAAAUCACCAGUAGUGGACACCAUACAAAGUCUUCCGCAACAUCAACAGAUUAUACUUUGCUCUGCCGUGAGGCUUUUCCGUGGAAAAAAGAAGGAUUCAACUGUAGCACAGCUAAAUAAAUCUUAUAUAGACAUCUGCAAAUCAACACUAAUCCCACCAGUCGGAAUUUUUGAAUUUUCAAGUAUGUGCAGAGUGCUAAAUGACCAGGGGCUCCUGAAAUUGGGCGGUCAAUCUCGAGAUGAAAAACUUAAAAGAGUGACAAUGAAUGCAGCAGAUGAAGCAGACAUCACUUUUGCAUUACAGGGAAUUCGUUUCUUUCAGAACUGUCUUCAGUAGUUAUGUUCAAAGAAUAUGCACUCCAGAUUUUUCUUAUGCUUAAUACUGGCGACUCUGAUUUCGCACCUGCUUCAAAAUUCAAAUACAAGAUUUCCGACGAUGAGAAGCAUCUAAUUUCAGACCAGUUUCUGCCUCGUUCAAUUUUGCCAUUUCAUUCUUUAAAAAGAUGACAGAACAAAACAACAGAGAAAAGUUGUUGAAUUAGUUUAUGUUAUACAUGUAAUACAGAAGAUGUAACUUAUUUUGUAUAAACAUAAGAAUGUAACUUUGUCAUUGCUCUUUGUUUUAA